UCGCACUGACAGCGAAAGCGCGGAGCUAGCUAAUCUUCAGACAGUACUGAAAAUAGGCAAGGUUAGAUGCAGGAUUGUGUCAGCGUUUGACAGAUACUUAUUGCUGUUGAGGUCUCCAUUUUCUCAGAAGACAGAAUUUUGAAAUAUGACGCAUAUUACGAGAACCCGUUCAGGGAGACUAAAGUUAAGUGAGCUACAUGGCCUUUGUUGUGUUCCUAUCGGAUACAUUUAUAUGUGACACAAUUUAGUUGUACCACAGUGUCGAUGGAAGAGUCGAUGGCGGUGGGGUAUGACACGUUAGUCGUUACUUUUCACCGUUUGGGAUAUAUGUAAAUGACUGAAGGCACUGUAACCAGUUUCUUCGCUGCGUCCUCCAUCUGAACGGUACUCGGACAGGGAGAAGUUCUUUGACCAGCCAUGACGGCACUGUCGGAGGAAGUGUUGCUUGUGGUAAAGAGGGUUCGGCAAAGGAAACAGGAUGGAACCUUGUAUUUGAUGGCUGAACGCAUCGCAUGGGGUCCAGAGGGCAAAGAUCGCUUCUCUGUCAGUCUCCUCUACGCUGACAUCCGAUGUCAGAAAAUCAGCCCGGAUGGGAAAGCCAAGAUCCAGCUACAGCUAGUUCUGCACACUGGAGACAGCACCACCUUUCACUUUGCCAAUGAGAGCAGUGCCCUCAAGGACCGGGAGGCCACGAAAGAACUGCUCCAGCAGCUGCUACCCAAGUUCAAAAAGAAAGCCAACAAGGAAUUAGAGGAAAAGAACAGGAUGCUGCAGGAAGACCCUGUGCUGUUCCAACUCUACAAGGACCUGGUUGUGAGUCAGGUGAUCAGUGCUGAGGAGUUCUGGGCCAAUCGCGUGAGCACGCCUUCAGUGGAAAGUUCCCUCUCCAACAAUAAACAGGAAGUGGGAAUAUCAGCUGCUUUCCUGGCAGAUAUUAGGCCACAGACGGACGGCUGUAACGGUUUAAGAUACAACCUGACUGCUGACAUCAUUGAGUCUAUCUUCAGAACCUACCCUGCAGUCAAACAGAAGUAUGCAGAGAAUGUGCCUCAUAACCUUACUGAGAAGGAGUUCUGGACACGCUUCUUUCAGUCCCAUUACUUCCACAGGGAUCGCAUCAGCACUGGCAUGCAGGACAUCUUCUCCGAGUGCGCCAAGCAGGACGAGCUGGGCUUGAAAUCUAUGGUGGUUCAAGGUGUCAAGAACCCAAUGGUAGACCUUUUGUCGCUGGAGGAUAAGAGCUUGGAUGAGGGGUAUGGUAGCAAAGUAGCCGCCUCCACCUCGAACAGCAAACCCACAGUGAAGGAGAACAGCAACUCUGCCAUCAUCAAGCGCUUCAAUCACCACAGCUCCAUGGUCCUCGCCGCUGGGAUGAAGAAAGGGGAUGGUCCUAAUGACCAGGCCAGUGAAACUAGCAGCACAGACGGGAACUCCAGGGACUCGGACUUCUUCCAGCUGCCCAUUAAAAAGCUGAAGCUGCAAGAGGCCAUUGAGUAUGAGGACUUGCAGAAUGGCACAGGACCCAGAACAGUUGCCCUUAACUUGAAGAAGUCUGACAGGUAUGCUCACGGUCCAGUGCCUCUGCAAUCUCACCAGUACACCACCACCCAGGACAUAAUCACAGCGGUUAACUGCAUCCAGCACGAGAUGGUCUUCUACAAACCUAGCCUUACACAGGUGAUGUCCAGCAGUGCUGCUAGCUCUGCCAUCGCUGCUCUGUCACCAGGAGGAGUCCUUAUGCAAACCUGUGCUCAGCAGACCAUGAACCAACUAGUGCCCAGUGACUUGCAAGCGGAGUUGAAACAGUUGUACACGGCUGCAGGAGAGCUUCUGAGGCACUUCUGGACCUGUUUCCCAAUCAACACACCCUUCUUGGAAGAAAAAGCAGAGAAGAUGAGGUCUAACCUGGAGAGAUUUCAGAUGGCCAAGCUUCGUCCUUUUCAAGAAAAAGUCCAGCGGCAGUAUUUGAGCACUAACAUCACUGGUCACCUGGAGGAGAUGCUGCAGGCAGCCUACAACAAGUUUCAUGCCUGGCAGACUCGGCGAAUGAUGCGAAAAACCUGAAGGACUCGUCACAUGGGCUGUAUAUGUAAACAUCAUCGAAGGACUUACAAUGAUGGAGACAGACAAGUGAUGAGAGAGAGAGAGAGAGAGAGAGAUGGGAUGGGGGGGGGGGGGGGUGAGAGAAGACUCUCCUAACUGAGGCCUUCUAGCCUGCUGAGAUGUGGCCUGCGACGUUAACGUCUCCUGUUGGGGCGAGUGACAGUUGUGUGUACGGGCAUUGGGUGGGGUUUUGUCACGGCCCUGUCGGCCCAGCACAGAGCAGCUGUGGUGACCAUGCACAACUGUACUUCUGUUCUGUUUGGUCCCUUUUUUGUUUUCCUGAGGAGGUUGUUUGGCACCCCGAUCACAGACGUGGCGUGACGUGACCAGGCCUGCUGUCAAACAGUGUUGUAUCACGACCAAACCGUUGGGUUUUCAUAGAGACAUUAUAGGAGGGGGGAGGGGGGGGGAUUCUCAGGAAAUAAAGACCUGCAAUGCAAAAGGACUGGAGGAGGAGCACAGCAAUGUGGUGAUCCAUGAUAUGGAGGACUAAUUAAAACAGACAAAAAAGAUGAUCAAUGUAGACCCUUCUGAUAGUAUUAACUGCGUUGAGGAGACUCCCUCCCAAGAGUUUGGGCUACAGAGAGAGAAAGUUGAUUAAAGCAAUACCAAAUGUAAUACAUGAUGUGUGUGUGUCUGGUGGGGCUGAAACACUGCCCACUGCACUGGUGUUUUGUUCUGUUUUUUUUAAACGUCUGCACGUUCUAGCUGCACUGAGGAAGCUCUGGAUGUUGCUGAAAAUAAAAAUACAAACAUCA